UCAUCCAGUUUUCAUCUGAUAAAAGCCUGUUAUCAUAACUUCAUGAUAGACAGUGCUGUCGGAGAAAAAAUGAUUCAAAAUGAAUUGGGUCUAUCUUUUGUGGUCUUGUUCUUGUUGAUCCUGUCAGUGGAUGGAGCUGAUAUAACAGUUGGUCCUACUUCUGUUACUGUUCCUAUUUAUGAGACAGCAAGUUUUACUUGUGAAGGAACUGGCAAUGAACUGAAUUGGCUAGUACAUAGUUCUGCAUUAACAGAAUCAGUUAAACAACAAAGAAGCAUCACAAUUACUGAUCCUGGUGGUGGUCCUGGUAACUUAUCAUCAGUACUUACUAUCACUGGGUUACCUGUUAAUGAUGGAUUACAAAUUGGUUGUCAAAUAAUAUCACAUCCACCAUUGAAACAAGUGUUCUCUGACACUAGUACACUAACAAUAAGAGGAAUAUCACCAGUUGAAGACAUACAAUGGUCUAUUGAUGAUCAGUUAUUGUCAUGGUCUCCUCCUUCUUUCUAUUCUGAUGAUAUUAUUUCAGGAGGCAUUGCUAUUACUACAUAUAAUGUACUAGUGAAUGGUAUCAGUUAUAUCAACACUACUGAUACUAGUGUGUGGUUGAAUACUACUGGAUUAUCUUGUACUAAUGUUACAACUGUCAGUAUUACUGCAUCUAUUGAACAAUAUGAAUCACAAGGGAGAGAAUAUAAUCUUAACAUUAAUGGAAGUUACACUAUCAGUAUAUUAAAUUACACUCUGAUGUAUAAUGAAACAAGUGGUUUCUUUUUUAUUGAUUUUACAAACUUGGUAAACAGUUCAGCACAAUCCUGUAACAUUACCAUAUAUGGUAAUCUUUAUCCAGACGAAGGAGUGACACAGACCUCAUAUCAUACCAGUACUGAUGGAUUAAUACCUUACACAAUGACCGGAUUAAAACAAUGCAAGACUUAUAUUGCCCAAGUCAUUGUAUCGAAUCCCUUCUUUGGUAUUGUAGAUCAAGACAACGUAACUAUUCGUAAGUUUACAUUUAUAAACUGUUUUAAAUUUGCUUACUUUAUCUUAAGCUACAUAUAAUGUACAAGAUGUGCUAGUAUCUACUGAAGGGAAUGGAUCAGUUAGUGUACAGUGUGUGUUUGUAUCAGGAUCAACUGCUGAUGGAUGUCAUGUGAUAUUUACUGAUACUAGUAAUGGAAGGAAUGAACACUUUAAUAUAACUGGAU